GGAACUUGGUGGGGACUGCAGGAGGGGUGCACCCUCGGCCCUGGCUCUUAAGUUUAGCAUAAUAAGCUCCCCUAUCUCUUCAGGCUGUUUCCUCAGCCCUGGACAGAGCCUAGGGUCCCACGGCAUGGCUGCCUAGCUAUGGGGACAUCAAGGACACCCUGCUGCCUAUCAUCUCUAAACUCGUGAGUGUGGAGAUGAAGCCACCUAGCACCCCAGUCUUGGCCUCCCUGGAGCAGCAGCAAAGCACCAGAGAACCAUGACAAGUAGCUGACUCCCACCCCUAAGUCCUUGGAGCCCUGCUGGAGGGACAGCAGUGGUCCCUGUGCAUGGUUACAAAUGAAGACAGCACAGUACAGAGAGGUGACUCAGCCUGCCCACGGUCACUCCGCCGUUCCUCACUGCCAUCCAGGACUCCAUGAGAAAGCAGGAAGUGUGGGCAGGAGGAGAGGCCAGCCAGGCCCAUGACACUGGCCCUCCAGCCGAGAAGGUGAAGGCUCUUGUGGAUCUGCUGCCCUGGAAGAGCAGUCAAGGUGGUCAGACCCUACAGGCCCCUGAUGGGAUGCCCGAAUCCCCACUAGGACCCCACAGCAAUGACUCAAGAAUGUGCAGGAACCUUGAGGCCCUGCUGGGCAGAGUGGGAGGCACCCUGGAUCUGGGCAGCCCUAUGCACCAGCUGGCGAGCCUGUUGCUGGUGGAGGGCCUGAGUGACCUGCAGCUGCGGGAACACGACUUCACGCAGGUGGAGGCCACACGUGGGGGCCAGCGCCCUGCCAGGGUCAUCACCCUGGACAGGCUCUUCCUGCCUCUAUCCCGGGUGUCCAUCCCACCUCGUAUCUCCAUCACUAUUGGAGUUGCUGGCAUGGGCAAGACCACCCUGGUAAGGCACUUUGUCCACCUCUGGGCCCAAGGGCAGCUCAGCCAGAACUUCUCACUGGUGUUGCCUUUCACCUUUCGGGACCUCAAUGCCUAUGAGAAGCUAUCUGCCGAGAGACUCAUCCGCUCUGUCAUCCCAAAUGUUGGGGAGGCCAGUCUGGUAGUGACAGCCCCUGCCAGGGUCCUCCUGGUCCUGGAUGGCCUGGAUGAGUGUAAGAUGCCUCUAGAUUUCUCUAACACUGUGGUCUGCACAGAUCCAAAGAGGGAGAUCCAAGUGGACCAGCUAGUCACCAACAUUGUCCGGGGCAACCUCUUCCCAGAAGUUUCUGUGUGGAUCACCUCUCGUCCUGGAGCAGCUGGCCAGAUCCCAGGAGGCCUAGUGGACCGGAUGACUGAGAUCCGGGGCUUUACUGAGGAGGAGAUCAAGGGGUGUCUAAAGCAGAUGUUCCCUGAAGACAAGACCCUUGUAGGCCAGAUCCUGAGCCAGAUGCAGACUGACAGGGUCCUGUAUCUGAUGUGCACAGUCCCAGCUUUCUGCAGGCUUGUGGGCAUGGUGCUGGGUCACUUGUGCCACAACAGGCCAGUGCCCCAGGGCCCUGAGCUAUGGCCCCCACAGACCCUAUCUGAGCUCUACUCGUGGUACUUCAGGAUGGCUCUCAGUGGGGAGGGGCAGGAGAAGGGCAGGCUGAGUUCCCGGAUUGAGCAGGUGGCCCAUGGCAGUCGCAAGAUGGUUGGGACACUGGGCCGGAUGGCUUUCCACGGGCUAGUCAAGAAGAAGUUUGUGUUUUAUGAGCAGGACAUGAAAACAUUUGGUGUGGACCUGACACUGCUGCAGGGCACCCUAGGCAGUUUUUUCCUACAGCGGGAGGAGACGCUGGUCUCCUCAGUGGCCUACUGCUUCAUCCACCUGUCCCUGCAGGAGUUUUUGGCAGCUGCAUAUUAUUAUAGUGCAUCCAGGAGGGCCAUCUUUGACCUCUUCACUGAGAGUGGCAUGUCCUGGCCCAGGCUGGGCUUCCUCACACACAUUAGGAGUGCUGUGCAGCGGGCCAUGCAGGCUGAGGACGGGCGACUGGAUGUGUUCCUGCGCUUUCUCUCGGGUCUCCUGUCACCCAGAGUCAAUGCCCUGCUGGCUGGCUUCCUGCUCACCCAAGGCGAGCAUCAGAGCUACCAAGCUCAAGUGGCCGAACUUCUACAGGGCUGCCUGUGCCCCAAUACAGCGGUGUGCUCCCGUGCUGUCAAUGUCCUCUACUGCCUCCAGGAGCUGCGGCGCACAGAGCUGGCCCAAAAUGUGGCAGAGGCCAUGGGCAGUGGUGCCCUGGCCAGCCUCACCAGCCCCUCGCACCGCGCUGCUCUGGCCUACCUCCUGCAAGUGUCUGACAUCUGUGCACAGGAGGCUGACCUGACCCUGGGCCUUGGCCAGGGUGUCCUCCAGAGCCUGCUGCCCCAGUUGCUCUACUGUCAGAGCCUCAGGCUGGAUACCAAUCAGUUCCAGGACCCGGUGAUGGAGCUGCUGGGCAGCGUGCUGAGUGGGAAGGACUGUCGCAUCCAGAAGCUCAGCCUGGCUGAGAACCAGAUCAGUAACAAAGGGGCCAAAGCUCUUGCCAGAUCCCUCCUGGUCAACAGAAGUCUGACUACGCUAGACCUCCGCAGUAACACCAUUGGACCACAGGGAGCCAAGGCAUUGGCUGAUGCUCUGAAGAUUAACCGCACUCUGACCUCCCUGAGCCUCCAGAGCAACACGAUUAAGGACCAUGGUGCCAGGUCCAUGGCUGAAGCCUUGGCCACCAACCAGAUGCUCUCUGCGCUGCACCUGCAGAAGAACGCAGUAGGGCCCCAGGGAGCCCAGCAGAUGGCAGAAGCCCUGAAGCAGAACAGGAGUCUGAAGGCACUCAUGCUCUCCAGUAACAGCAUUGGUGAUGGAGGCGCCAAGGCCCUAGCUGAGGCACUGGAGGUGAACCAGGGCCUGUUGAGCCUGGACCUGCAGAGCAAUUCCAUCAGUGAUGUGGGAGUGGCGGCACUGAUGGGGGCCCUCUGUGCCAACCAGACCCUCAUCAGCCUCAAUCUUCGGGAAAACUCCAUCAGCCCCGUGGGAGCCCAGGCCCUGGCCCAAGCUCUCAGCAGCAACCGCACCCUGCAGCACCUGGACCUGACAGCCAACCUCCUCCAUGACCAGGGAGCCCAGGCCAUCGCAGUGGCAGUGGGAAAAAACUGCGCCCUCAAGUCCCUUCACCUACAGUGGAACUUCAUCCAGGUGGGUGCUGCCAGGGCCUUGGGACUAGCGCUCCAGCUCAACUGCAACUUGACCAGUUUAGACUUACAGGAGAAUGCCAUCGGGGACGAAGGAGCUUCUGCGCUGGCCAGUGCACUGAAGGUGAACACAACCCUCGCCUCUCUCUACCUCCAGGUGGCCUCCAUUGGUGCCCCAGGGGCCCUGGCAUUGGGGCAGGCCCUGGCUGUGAAUGGAACCCUGGAGAUUCUUGACUUACGAGGAAAUGCCGUUGGGGUGGCUGGAGCUAAGGGCUUGGCAAAUGCUCUGAAGGUGAACUCCAGUCUCCGGAGACUCAAUCUUCAAGAGAACUCCUUGGGAAUGGAUGGGGUGAUAUGCAUUGCUACAGCACUGUCUGAGAACCACGGGCUACAGCACAUCAAUCUUCAAGGAAAUCACAUUGGGGAAUCCGGGGCUAGAAUGAUCUCAGAGGCAAUCAAGACAAAUGCUCACAUGUGCACUGUGGAAAUGUGAGAAGAGCAAGUUCCCAAUGGACAGCAGGACGGGCAGAGGUUCAGCAGAAGCUCUUGAACAGAAAGUCGCUCUUGGAGCGUGUUCCUGAGAUGAGGAGUGCUGCCGACUGGCUGGGUGAGAGUGCAGGUGCUUGCAGAAAGGGAAGGAGCUAUCAGACGAGGUUCUGGGCACUGCUCCUGCCCAGGGUCAGUCCCAGCAGGAGUGCAUGGACACGCUCCUGUCAUACAGAGUAGGGAAGUGGCUGCCACCGAGAUGUGGGACAAAGGCCUAAAGCAUCAGCAGUAUAGGAAGCCAGUUCCAGUUUAUACCCUGUGAACUUACAUCCCAAUUAAAAUAACGACAACAGCAAUAACAAACCUCUACCACUGCCCCUGACUAAAAAGGGAAAGAGGGACAUUAGCAACUCAACAUCUGCCUUAACAAAAGUGAUUAAACUGAAUGUCUCAGUCACAAGACAAAAACACCACCGUGUGCUCCUGAUGCACUGCCCUCAGCACAUCACUGUUGUGCUAUUCUUGCCAAAAAUGUUUACCUGAGCCUAAUCAUGAAGUGAUAACACAGAGCCCAAAUGGAGGGACAUUUUGCAAAACUGCUCUGACCUCUUAAAAAAAGCAAUGUUAUGACAGAACAGGUGGAAAUGACACAAAGGACUGGGGUUGCUUUAAAUGAAAGAAGGUAAAGAGACUUCAUAAUUUAAUGCAAGAUCUUUGAUUGGAUCCUGAACUGGAAAGAAGAAAAUCCAAUGUAAAGAACAUUACUUGGGGGCUGGAGAGAUAGCUCAGCAGU